CGCCAUAAUCGGAGGAUUCACAGCUGUUGCGCCGUAACGUACCGGAUAGUGGAGUGAGUUUGAGAUGUUUUGAGAGUGAUACAACACGAAAAAGUCGUACGACCGUUCGUUUGGAAGAGUUGAUAGAGGACUUAUCGGUUUGAGGGCUGAGAGGAUGGGAGGACCAUGGGUGGUGGUGAUUUGGUGGGUUUUUAUUGGGGGUUUGGGGGCGUCAGGGGGGAGUGUGAUUGGCGGUGCUCCCGGAGUUCCAGGCUAUCCAGCUAUCAAUAUUUCAAUUUCCAAUUUCAAUGCUUCCGAUGCCAAUAGUUGGGUAUUUACCAAUAAAGUACAAUUGAAGGCCAAUACAAUUAGAGUUAUCGAUGUCAUAAAUAUUCCGUCGAUUGUCUCCUUCAUGAUUGUCCAAGUACAUACCCAGGAACGAAAUAUUACACUAUCAUAUACCGAUGAGUUCAGCAAUAAAACCCGAGUCACUGGAUCAAAUGUGGGACUGCAAACUGAUCCCAGGAGUCAUCGGGUUUUCGUCAGAAAUGAUAACGAGGCUGGUGUGCCAGCACUGGUGGCUGUUGUGGUGUAUUCUGGCAAUGCUCCGAUUCCUGGAGGUUGUAACAUGGAAUUCAGCAUUGAGACCUCACCAUUCCUAAGACUGUCUGCUAGUGAUUCGAUGAUAACGGUAGAUGCCCAGCCGGCCUCGUCGAUUGGACCGAAUGGAAAACAACUGCCUUGUGAAAAAAAUCUUGUCACUUAUGAGACGUACCGCCUUUACGUCCCCGAAUGGGAUUUCACCAGUGAAACUUAUUUCGCUACAAUUCCCAAAAUGCUGACCGUGGAGUCUAUCAUUAAGUUUGGGAAAAGGGUACCACCAAAACUUUCAACAUCCCAAAUGAGAAGAGUUUUCAGUGCCUAUCCAGGCACAGGCUCAGCGUACGCGAUGAUCGCCACGUUCAAGAAUUCAUCAUCUGCGUACGUUCCAGUUUUCUCGUACGCCUGCAGUCCAUUAUCAAGCCUUAAGUCUUGCUCACUUUUGAGCACAACAAUUUCUAGACUUAUCUGUGCGUUAGCUCUCUUCGUCGGUUUUUUUCUCGUAUUCAUUGGUCACGUCUGUUUUCGUGCGGAGAUGUUCUUCCUGGGGACGAUCUCGGGCGGAAUUAUUGGACAUAUUUGUCUCGUGGCUGCUCAAUAUGAAGAUGUUACCGCACAACUCGGACUCUCUCUAUUAAUAGGGAUACUGGCAGGAAUAGCAUCGAUAACUCUGUGGUGUACGUUCGGAAUGCCAUGUAUUGCUAUUCUCCAGGCAACGUUAUUUGUUGGUGCUUUGGUAGCGAGCAUAACUUAUUUUAGCAUACCAGAUGGUAUUGCCCUAUUCGAAAGCGAUGCAAACUUCUGGGUCGUUUAUGGAGCAAUUAUGAUAAUGGUACCUCUAUUACUCUGCAUGUUUCCAUUAAGCUCAAAUAUCGUGUGCUGUGCAUUGGUUGGUGCUUCAGCAGUAAUUCUAUCAAUCGAUUACUGGCUGGGAUCCAAUCUCAAGUACAUUGUGAUCAACACAGUGCGUCGAAUGGUAGUUCCUGGCUUUAAUGUUGCCACGAUUCAGCCACCAUUUCAGGGUGAAGAGAUAUCGCUAGUGAUAACUUGGCUGAUAAUCGCUCUAUGCGGAAUGCGUGUCCAGAAGAAGAGGUUGAAUGGACGACCCCCAUUCCCCAGCCCUGUUAACUACACUACAAUAAGUUCUGAGAGAUCUCCACUCCUCAUUCAAGUGAGGAAUGGCACGACAAGUGCUCGUUUUGAGAGAAAAUGAUCAGAUUUAUCGUAAUUCCUCAUGCUGUUGGCAUUGAAAAGUCAAUUGAAGUCUUUUAAAUAUUUUAUUUCCAUUGUGAUACAUCGAUGUAGACUUAAGGCUUUCAAUCGACGAUUAUCUGUUAUCUGAAGAGAAUAUAGGCUUAUAAGAGAUUAUUAGGAGGGGGAGGGAGGGGAGUGAGAAUUAUGCAGAUGUUCGUCAGUUUAAAAUGAAAUAACAUUUAUUGAAUGAAGACAGUGACACCUAACAGUUGGUACUAAUUAUUUCAUUAAUUUUUUCCAUUUUUUUUUUGUGGUUUUUCUUUUCUUCUGCUACUUACAAUCUUAGAGGUAAUCACAGCAACAAUAUUAUCUCAUUAUUCACAACACUUACAUAGAUUACUGCGGCAAUUAAUAUAUUAGAGUAUUUUUCAUUGAUAAUUUUUUCUUACUUUUUUUUCGUUUAUGCGCAUACACUGUAUUCUCGUACUGAUUUUUUGUGAUUUUUUAAAUCUCUCGGUUUUGUUUAAUUACUACGUAUAAUAAGAAUCGUAUACCACUCCCGCGCUCGGUUUCGAUCGGGUGGUGGCUGGUACUGUUUGUUAUAUCGCUGAAAAUUAUGAUUUUCGAUGGUCUUUCAAUAAAGUUUUGUGGUUAUUGAGAAA